AGGACCAAGAUAAUAUAGUAGGAAUCAUGAUCUCCCUAUACUCUGUUAUAUUCACACUGGUGCUGUUCUCUGAGUUUAACACCAGCUCGGCCGUCUUUGCUGUACAGACAGGCAAGCCGGACGAGGGUAGGACAGAGCAGGAGAGCCUGCGAUCGAUACUAGGCGAAGACAUGAUGAGCGACAACGCUCUGGCUGCCCCGAGGUUCAGACGGGACCUCAUCCUGGACAACGGACUGGACGACAGCAACACAAAGAUCAUCAUUCUUUCAGACAUUGGACUGAAAGGGCACACCAGACGUGGCAUGAACACAGCUUUCUCCCGAGCCCUUCCUUUCCUCCCCGACCGAGCCACAGAUCACUCUCCUGCUGAAUAUAGCCUGAAAGUAGAGCGCAGGGAGGCCGACCUUGAGAUGCUGCGAUGCAUGAUCGGACGAGUGUAUCGACCCUGUUCGCAAGCAUAAGAGUGUGGUGGAUCCUACACUGCUGUCCUGCCGUCGGUCA